CACCGCUUUCUUUCCUGCAGGCACCUUUUAUAUGCCUGCUUGUCUCUUCUCUCCUCAUUACCUCCUCUCUUCUUGCCCCCUUCGCUCCAAGAUUCUAGAGCGACACCCCUCUCAUCAACUACCUGGCCUCUUCGUGUAAGACGACUGAGAUGACUCUUCCACCUCUUGCGCCCUUUCCGCCAGCGGCUCUCCGCCGUGAUAUUCAGCCUCAGGAAUGGGAAGAAUUCCUUGAUGCCUACAUAACGCUUGCACAAUUGUACCUGCAACUGUCCCCCAAAGAAUUUCCUUCAGCUGCUUCAGACGAUGGGUCACUGGUUGCUUUCUUAACUUCUUAUUUCCACGAAGCGGCCGGACCUGCAGGCAACGAGCUCCAUUUUCAUUCAGAGAAGGCACUAGGCUUGCGGAAACAAUGUUUUCUAUUGUCUCACCGUUUGCUAUCUGGAGACCACGUGCCAUCAAAUCUUCUUCAGUGGACUUUCCUUGCCGAUUUCAGCCACGUCUUCAUUCGAAGUGAACGGCUAAAGGAACUUCUGGGCAGUCUCUCGCAAAGGAAGAGUGAUGAGAUUGAAUCAAGUUUGCAGAAACUAAAGACGUCGCUCACCAAGACUCUGGAUUCGAACGAUCCAACGGCAGCCGACAAUGACCUGAAGCGUCUUGCACCGUUAUUACACACUUCGCCGGAUGUCGGGGCCUUUUUUGUUGCCGGAUCGGAUUUCUUGGAUUCCUUAUGUGCUGGCUACACUAAAGCUACACCAGAAUUCAGACCGAAGAUUGUCGCAGUUGCACAUCUGGGGCUGAUUUCCCUUACUAAAGGGGAAAAACCGAACUGGUCCUCGCUGUCCGAUAUCCUCUACAGCCUGAAGAGUAACGCUGAGGCAAACUCUGGCCAAUCCCUACUUUCCGAUCUUGUUACCAAUACACCUCUCCUGGCCCGUAUCAGAGACACUGGUGCCAGUGACGAGGGAACGAGGGCGAAGAAAUUGGCUGAAUCACUGACUUCUUUCCGUCAUUCGAGCCUAGCAAGGCCAAAGCGGCUUGUUCGCCGGAAGGUUGACAAGGGAAAAUCUCGAGCUACGGGAGAUGGCUACGGGCAUGAUGCGGAGUUUGGAGAAGUCCACGUACAUCGCAUGAGCCUCAUUACUCAAGUGCAAGACCUGUUCCCACACUUAGGCUCAGCGUUCAUCGUCAAACUUCUGAAUGAGUACAAUGACGACGUGGAACAGGUCACUGCUCAUCUUCUCGACGACUCAUUACCAGCACAUCUCUCAGGCCUCGACAGGUCAGAGCAACUCGAUCUCAGGACCCACGAGACGCCACUCGAUAUCGCUUCGCAUCUCGUACCACGUUCAACCCCUCCACCUCAACGCCGCAAUGUGUAUGACAAUGAUGAGCUUGACCAGCUUACGGUCGACGCGUCUCGUCUGCACAUCGGUCGCAAGAACGAAAAGCUCACCGCCGAUGCCAUUCUCUCCGACAAGGGAGCUGCCCCCAACAAGGCUUCCAUUCUCUCCGCACUGGCGACGUUUGACGCUGACGAUGACGAGCGUGACGACACAUACGACGUGGAGGAUGUCGGCGGUACGGUCGACAACGCAGAACCGGACGAGGACGCAGAUGCACGGGACCGGAACGACGAAGCGCUGUUUAGAGCCUACUCCAUGUCGAAGGGAGCUUUUGGUAGGGACGCGGCGACACGGCGAUCCAAGGCACGCGAGGCGUUGAGGAGCGAGACGGGAAUGACGGACGAGGCCAUCGAAGGCUGGGCGGUGAUGCUGGCGCGGGAUCCGCGCAAGCUACGCAGGCUGGAGGCCAAGUUCAGCACAUUCACGGGGCAGCAGACGGAGCUGGAGAGCACGAAGUGGCGCGAGAGCCCAGCCGGGUCAGGCGAGGACAGCGAAGGCGGGCCAGCCGGGCGUGGUGGCGGCAGAGGAGGCGGUUUCAGAGGCGGCAGGGGCAGGGGCGGGGGUGGAGGAGGAGGAGGAGGAGGCAGAGGGAGAGGACGCGGGCGUGGCGGCAGCGCCAGCGUGGCAGGGCCUUCGGACGACAAGGACACACAGGCGCAGCGGCAGAGGAAGGAGGCCAACAAGGGCUCGAGGGCGAACCACAACAGGCGCGACCAGCGCGCGCGCAAGAUGGCGAGAGGAGGCUUCCCAGGGUAAAGCUGGGCAGCGCAUGGCAGCUGAGGUCAGGUCGCUUAUGCUGGUCAAGACUGCCCAGGUACGUUCAGGCAUGACCCGGGCAGUGAGCUCUUUGUUGGAGACAGACAUCAGGCCGCCUGCAGCGGACGUAUGUACGUAGGCCGGGUUGCUAUCCCGCCCUCUACUACGUACGAGGCAAGUCAGAAGGUCAGCAAGUCAGCACCAACGCACGAAUCCGAGCGUAGGUAUAAGGUUUGUAUACAACACAUAUACGUAUGCAAGGAGGUAUCGGUAGUAGAAAAUUAGUCCAAUAGGCAUGACCUUGUCAGCAA